GGACACGGCAAUUCUGGCGACAUCACAUGCAUGCAUAUAUGGCGAAACGCAUCGCGGUUCAUGAGCACAGGAAGAUGUUGAAGCUGAGUAAGGCAGGCGGGGUCACAAACGCACGCACAGCACCUCUGUCGAUAUCACAUAUGCCACGCACAUGGGAGACAAUGACUCUGCGAUAGCCAUUGAGCUCAACCCAGCACCGUGAACCCCAGCAAGAGAGCAGUGCAGAAGAGAGCAGAAGAAAGAGACAAGGCAGCGUAGCAUCAUUGCGCACACCGAAAAAGUAGGGCAGCAAAAGAAAUCAGGGCAGAUCAGACAGAGGUGUGAUCGAUGAAGUCAGCGAUCUCUCCUGAAAUCGGCUGCGGCGGCGGCCUUCUUCAUGUUUGCUCUGAUGAAAUUGGUGGCCCUGCCCUUGUUCUCGGCCUUGCGGAGUUCCUUGGCCACUGCUGGAUCCAACUUGUUGUCGAGUCUUGAUGAUGUGAUCUCCGGGGCGUUGUAGUGCGGGUGGGUGCCCCUCACCAAGUAAGACCAGUACGUGUCCUCAGUCUGAACGAGGCGACACAGCAUGACCAACACCCAACAAGAACUUGUGUCUCGCGGAAGUGCAUUUGCUCACCUGAAUGACGAGCUUGGCAGUGACGGUUUUGCCAUAUUCUGUCGGCCUGUACGAGACGAUAAACAUGGUGCCCGAAGAGCCGGCCGGGUCGAGGGUGCCCGAGGUGGGCGUCACAAUGAAGUCAUCGGACGGAGACUCCGGCGCAAAGAAUGCCUGAACGACCACAUGGACAGCGGGCGUGGGGUGUAGUGCCUUGAGCAUCUUUACCUCAAAUUGAGAGUAUGUCGGUGCGAUAUUGGUGAGUCUGAAUGCCACAGCCGUCUGCUGGUUGAUGGGCGACUCGAUGGAGAUCGUGUCAUCGGGAUCUGGCACACUAGCAUACAGCCGCAGCUGGAAACGCCACCUAAGAGACAGACAGCAGCAGGCUGGCUGGCCAUCACACAAUCUUCUCCUUCUCUCCCUCCCCCCCCUCCCCCCUCUCUCUCCCUAUUAUCCACCUACCUGCCCCCCGAGCUCCGUUUAAUGAUGAGCGUGCAGUUGGCUGUGAAGGGCCGCAUGGGUGCGAACUUGACCAGCAUGACAGCUGACUGGUCGGCCUCGGUGAUGAGAGUGUCUUUGAAGUCAAGGGCAAAGGUCCGAUCGACCAUCUCCUUCACGUCGGGAGGCACCUCCAGCUCGUACUCAAGAGGCUCCUGCAGACAGCGGAGAGAUUACCACACGCCUCGCACGCACGGCGUGAAUGCGUGUUGUGCUCUGUUCAUCGCACUCUGGAUGGCUGCACGCCCACGAGGCUGAAGCUGUACUCUGUGUCGAGUGGUUGCCGCGCCCUGGUGCUGAAGGGGUGCAGCUGAGGAUCGAUGGGCGCCUCCACCAAACCCUUCAGCCUACACCAACAAACAGAGAUACAGACAGACAGGCAGUCGGGUGUGUGUGCAGGCAUUGCAUUCACGACAUCAAUGUCUCUUUCUGGCCUGAAUAUCCACUGGAGUCCCUGUUGGGCGGGGUCGUCAGCUCUGACAACAAUCUCGGCCACGUGCUCACGCAUGCUCGCGGGGGAGAACACAAAGGGGAUCGGCACCGAAGCCAAGGGAGCCACAUGCAGGCGCGUCUUCUUAAGCAGCAGGGUGAAGUCCUGCGCGCCGCUGGCCUGCUGCUCCCUGGUGCUGUCUUUACCACUUCCCUUGGGCUUGGCCUCGACCACCAGAAAGACCAUGACAGAGAGGGCCUUCAUGAAGGGGUUCUUGAAGUGCACCGUCGACGACACCGCUCGUCCAACUGUCGUGACGACAGACACCUCCUUUGGUCGGCGGGGGAGGAGGCCCUUGCCUGUCAAGUUGUAGACCCACUCGCCGGCCAGGGGAUGAUCCAGCGUAAUUGUGCCCUCCUGAUGGAACAGAGACACUGCACUGGUGGCCACCAUGCGGGUGUCUCGAUUUGAGUGUGUGGUUGGGUUACUUACUUCGACGUGGUCGAUCGUCGUGGGGGAGUACUCCAGCGUGAUGUCUGCGGUGUCGAAUGGGGGCAGCAGCAGGCGGGGCGUCGACACGCGGAAGUUGGAGGGAUUGCUCGACCUUCACACACAUAACCCAAAACACAUGUACACACGCCUGUCGUGACUGACUGACUGACCUUGGUAUGAGGGCGACAUCGUAUCCAAGUGGGUUCUCGAUAGUCACUGUGUGCUGCUUGGUGGUGCCGACCUCACACUCCAUCAAAGGGAUCUCUGUGGGAGGGGCAGGGUCGGCCGUCAGCUCCAAGUCAUACCAAAACUCACCCAGCUUCUCACUCAGCAGCGACUGGUGGAAGGAUGUGAUGUGAAUACGUCAUGUGUGUGGGCGUAUUCUGUCCGUGUGUGGUUUUGCGUCUGUCGCCUUACUGCUGAUCCCCUGUAUUGCCCUGGUACGAGGGGGGCGUAUAUGAGCUGGUAGGUGGCGGCUUCACGUGGCGCGAGGACGAACUCGCUCUCGCCCAGCAGCCCGUCGCCGAUGAGACUAACCUCCAGCGUGACAAUGUCAUCCAGAGGAUUCGUCAUUUGCAGGCUCACACACACAGCCUAAAGCGUUGCCAAGAUACGAUACGAGAAUCCCACAAAAAAGUCGUUCGAGCAUUUGCAGCAUACAAACCUCUCUGACAACACACUGGAGCUUCAGUGUGGCCUGUGGUUUGGGCGGCGAUGCGUUGAUCUGCAACGUGUACCACUGGUAUCGCUCGCUGUCCUGUUGUUUGAACACCACACUGCCCGUCGUCGACCCGGACAGGAUGGGCAGCACGCUUAGCGGGUAGGCGCCCUUGCCGAAAGCUGGGAGGGAGAAGGAGGGCGGCCCGGAUAUGUUGAGGAGGUCCGACUCGACGUCAUAGGUGAGAGGGCUGGAUGUUGGGUUUGUGACCUCGAUGCUGACGUCGGUCUUCUCGCGGGCCUGGCACUGGACGACCACAUGGUCUUCUGCCAGCGGCUGCAGUGCACACAUUCAGCCAGCGUACAAUAGAAGAAAGAGCCGACAUGCGUGUGUGCAAAUAUCGGUCCGGUGGUGUGAGUGUGUGUGCGUGUGACCUCGUCAGCGGUUCCAAUGAGGUCGUAUUCGUAAGUCUCGUUGGUGGAUGUGUUGUAUAUGUCGAGGUGGCCGUGCACCUCGCACACCCAGUCCGGGUUGAAGGUCAGGGGGUACACAGUGGUGGUCUUCUGCUCCCCGAUCUUCUUCUUCGCAACCAACGACGACGGGCCAUCUGUAAAGGUGGAUUGGAUGAGUACAACCAACACGCAUAUAGUAUACACAUCAUAUAUAUGUUGUGAUUGAAGUGGGGCUGGGCUAGUGUGCGCAGCGCACAGACCGAAUACGGGGGCUUGAAGUGCACUGCCGUCUGCCUUCUUCUGCGGCGCGAAUGUCGCCCGGAGGAACCAAUCGGUGUCGGUCGGGUUCACAAACGGAAGCUCCUGCCAGCCAAAGAAAGGGAAAGAAAUGUGUGUAUUCUCGUUUGAGUCUGGCUCCGCCCGUCGUUCUGUCUGGACAGCCUACCUACCUGCGUGAUGCUCUUCCUGGCGGUGGUGUUAAAUGUGAGAGUGCAAUGGGUGUUCGGUGCGGUCGCGGUGCCCUCGAUGGCGUACACACGGACGUCAUAGGCGGAGGUGAGGGUGAUGGUGGCAGGAUACAUGCCCGCCUCCUUCGGCGCAAACUCGAUGGGAAGCUUCGCCGACCCGCCGCCAUCAGCACUGUCGAGGUUAAUACGCGUGCCUCUGAGGGAUGGCGCAGGACAUGGACAUGCAGCGCAGGCGUGUGUGUCUUCUCUCUCUCUCUCUCUCUCUGUGUGUGUGUGUGUGGUGCGCGUACCCUGUCAUGACGGAGAGGGUCUUGGGCACCUUCAUGAAUGGGGACGACGAUGUGACCUCAUAAGUGACCGCCUUGUCCGGCCGGUUCAGCAGCACUGACGGCGUCCUGCCCGUCUCCUGGUGAACACGGUCAAUGAGGAUCUGGCGCACGCGAUCCAACUGCACACACAGCACAAACGUAGAGGCGUGAACCGGCAGACAGACCGACGGUGGAGACAUGUAUUGUCUACACGCAUACCUUCGGGUUUGCGCUGUGUAUUGGCAAGGUGAAGGUGGUGGGUUCCUGGCAUUUAGCACUGACCGGGAAGGGCCUCUCCUCCAUUGGGGCCGGCAGCGUCGCCUCGCCGAGGACCUCAUAGUAAAACUCACCUGCGUUUGCAUCCCGGAAGGCGAUGGUGCAGAGAUGGUGGCCCAUCUCUAUCGGCAUGAAGUGAACCUAAAUAAACACGACAGAUAGAGAACACGCAAACUUCCAUGGGCCCCCAUCCCAUCGUAUAUAUCGUUCCCACCCUCACCCACCCACCUGCAGUGUGAUCGUCCCGUCCUUUCUUAUCCUCAGUCGGCUGGUGGCCACGUAGAAGGGAUUGACCUUGUCUGGAUAGGCGAGCGUCGACUUGAGGCCCUUCUUGCUGACGGGGUCGACCUUCUCGGUUGAGACCGUCAUCUUGAAGUCGCCGUCUACGCCGAGGGUGUUGGCCACCUCCAGGACGAGCACGUGUAGGUUGUACAGCUUAGUGGUGAUGUUGACGGUCUUGUUGGGCCGCUUGCUGGUGAUCUGGGACUUGAGACGGAACACCAGAGCUGCCGCCUGACCGGGCGAUUCCCUGAUAUAGAAGGAAGGAGGCACCGGUAUGCGAAUGAAGAGACGCAACACUGGGUGGUUUUCCUUCUGUCGUAUUUGUUACUUUUUGGUGAGGAAUGUUAGUCUGGCGUCGACAGGUUUGAGGAAGCGUGCCUUGAAGUCGAUGGGAAAGAGAGCAGUGCCACGCGGCUCCAGCGUCACCGUGUCAGACUGAGCAAGACGCAAGAAAGCUGAGUGUGGAAACCGAAGUACAACUUCAUGGCGUGUCUCAACACCCACCGGCAGGGAGAAGUCAGACGAUCCGUGUAUUCUGCCGCGAUACUCCAGUCUCUUCUUGGUGGGAUUGGUCAGCUCGAGAUGCUUGGUGGCACUUAAACCCUGCCAAUUCAUCCAGCAACCACGUACGUGUCGUUUUCUGUUGGUUCUUGAUCUGCCUGACCAACCGACCGACCAGUGGAGUAGCGAAGUGUAUGGUGCUCUUGGGUAUGUAGUGUGGCAGCUGCUGCACCAGCCACAAGAGGUAGAGCAGCAGGUCCCGGCUGUUGCCCUCAGCGAUGUCCUGCGGCUUCAAAUCCAAGUGAAGACCCAUCUCCUGCAUACGGAUGCAUGGAUACAUGGAGACAUGUCAUGAUGCUAUGCUUGUCUGUCCAUUGUCUGUCUACCGUAAGCACACCUGACCUGCAGCACUGCGAUGAGUCGCUGGGCGUUCUGUUCGUAGUGCUCUGGUGCGGUGCAAGGCUUCUUGAGAUUCUGCAAGAGGGGUCCGCUCUCGGGUAUGUGCGACAUGACCACAUUGGCGAGGACGAGACUGUCUCUGAGGUCGCGGGACGGCUGGGUGAUGGGACGGGGGUUCUGGCCCCUGUCCACCCGCUUGUAGUGAUACGACAGCCAUCGCAGCAAGAGAGCCUCUGCCGGUGAGUAGAGAUUGGAGUCGCUGAUGUUGGAGGUGUCGAAGUGGGGAGAGGAGGGAUCGGCCUCGCCUGUCUCGGAUGAUGAUGUGGAUGACACUCCUGCCAUGCUCAGAAACACCCGGGGCGUCAGCCGAUUCAGCAAGAAUAUCUGACAUGGGACACAAUGAACAAAAGCCCCACGUCAACGUGUGUGAAAUGACGGAAGCCGCUGACCAACCUUGACGGUCUGCAGGACUGUGUUGGUCCAUGCCUCCGGUGCCCGUUUCAUGAACUGCCUCUCAAGUGGCCGACGGCUCAUGUGGCUCACCAGACGACCGCUGUGUGUGCGUAUGGGUUUGCAGGGGAGGCCCUGCAUGUACUUGAUGAAGUUCUCCAUCGUCAGCAGGUACUCGGGCCGCACAUGAGACAGCAAUGCACCAUUCUGCAGGCCAACCACAACAGAAUACACAUCGCCUUCCCGAGUGUCCAACAGCGCCCAUUCAAUGGCCUUUGUGACCGACCUGCUUGAGGUAGUUGAGUAUGUCCUCAUAGGCAGCCACCGUCUUGAGCACCUUCGGGCCGGCCGUCGACCCACUCACCUCCUUGCCGCUCUUCUCAGGCGCACUGGUGGCAGGCCCGCCUGUCGUUACCGUGGGCCCCUUCUGCUUGAGCGGUCCAAUCUUCUUGCCCGUCAAAAUCUCGACUAUCUCGUGCAGCUGGCGGCCCUGAGACGCUAUCAGGUCCUGUGGGUAAGUCUCUAUGACGCUUUUGAGGACAGUGCCGUUGAGCCAGCGGACGAGAAAGUCAGCAGACAAAUCGAUCACCCAUCCGGCACUCGACCCGACGGCUGAUUGGGACCGCUCGCUUCGUUGUGACGGCGCCGCCUCAGAUCCCAUGCGGUCCUCGGCAUCCUCUGUCUACAGCGCAGAGAUAGACCCAUCUAUUGUGAGGACACUCGCACACAACACAGACGUACCUCUGCGAGCGUGGGCGGGUCUCGUGUGUCGUCAAUCUCGUAGAAGUCGGGAUUGAGGUUAAGGUAGUCAUACAGAGUCAGCAGACAGUUGUCGCAUGUGCCGCUCACGGGCAUGGAAUACGACACUUGUGAUACACACACACAUGUGCACACGGAUUGGGUGUCUCAUUCAUUGUGUGACUUCCUCCUCCCGCUCCCUCACCUCCCUCUCCAUCCAGGAAUUCGAGCCUGCAUGUGAAUGAUAUCGGUUUGGGCGAGAGGAGGGACACCUCCACAGGGAUCCUUGACUUGGCCAGUCCCAUCAUCUGGCCCUCGGGGAACUCCACACUACAACCGCACACAAGACAAGAGGGCCGGCAACGUGUAAAUAAAAUGUGUCCCCAUCCCAUCUCCCCGAUGUACGUGAUGGGUAUCCUGACGGUGUCGGAGGGCAGCCUGACUUUGAGUUCAAUGAGGUCGUAGCCCUCAUUGUUGACGAAGAACACCUGUCGAGACUUGAUGUUGAGCGGCACGGUGGGCAGGACCACCUCACGACGAUCGAAGUACAGCGUCGGCACGACUCCACUCCCCUUGAGACGGAUCUCGAGAUAGGCACGGGAGCGGUCGACAGGAGCAGGCUGCGAAGACGACUGCACACAGGUAUCGCAAAAGAUGUGGUGUGGUGUUCAGUGCCCGUCGUCCUUCAUGCGUGUGUGUACCUCUGCUGCCGACUCCUCCUCUCCUUGUGGCGGGCUGAUGAAUAUCGGGAGGGCCAGCUGGUAGUGGAUGGGUUCUUUGGGGGUGAACCCAGCACGCACAGUCACCGUCUGCACCAGCAUCUCAUCUCUCGUGUUCACGUCUGUCUGUCUCAUCCACUUAUGUGCACUGACUGGUUCAUCACCUCACCUGGUCGACUUGUAUGCUUCGUUCCGACGGCUCCAUCUGAAAGACCCCAGGGUACUUCUUCAGCGCCUCCACGUCCACAGCCCAGUUGACAGCCCUCUUGUCCGUAUUGGUAAGGUCCAGUUCCAGCACUGACGCCACAGUGGGUGCUGACACCACUGAUGUGGUGACCACUUUGGUCUCGAAGUCCAGCAGGGUGGCGGACAGCAGCAGACGGGGACUCACCGCCUCCGCCUUGAUCUCGCGCCGCAACUCUGACAGCAACGAUUGUGUGUUAGAUGGAAUGGACAUGCGCGUGAGUCGAGUCAGGUGGUUUGUGGCUGCAGCCAGCUGACCUGGUGGGACUGUGCCGCCCACGAAGCGCACCGGGAGGCUGAAUGUGUGGGCCUUGAUCUCAGUGGGCUGAUACUGCACCUCCAGCAUGAGUGUGGACCUCUGCGGCACCGUCACCUUCCAUAUGUGAGACAAACGCUCCUCUGACGUGAGACACAGGCAGGGGAGCAGAACUCACAUACAUGACACAACCAACACCGAGAAAGUGACGUGACAUACCUUCGUCUUCGUCUUCAUCGACGUCGGCUAUCUCGACCAUCUUGGUGGAGCUGCGCCGAUCGAGCGCCUGUUGCUGCUGCUGGUCGGGUGAGAGCCUCAACAACUCCAUGGCCGGAGGCUUGGGGGGCUGCAUCGCCUCCUCGUACUGACUCUGCAGAUGAGACAAAGAGACACGGAUUGCUUGGCCGAGUCAAUCCCGGCGUUUUGUUGUGCUUGUGUCAGCAGACAGAUCAGAUCACCUUGGUGAUUUUCUGCAGCAUGUUUUCCAUCAUCCUCGCCGUUAUGCGCUUGCCGCUUCUGUCUCCCUCCUUCUUGCCACCAUCCCCCUCCCCGUUACUCCUGUCGCCCUUGUCGGCCUCCUGGCCCUCAAGCAUCGCUUCAGCCACGGCCAGGGAGAACUCGGGCUUGUCGCUCAAGUCGACGUACAGCACGCAAUCCACCGGCGACUCGUUGUGCAGAGUGAGCGGCCGAGACGCGAAACCGCCAAGGGUGAUGGUCUCAAAAUUGACCUCCGGCUCGGCGGCGCUGACCUCGGGCACCAACGCCUGAUGAAUAAAUGGACGAGCGAGUGAUGGGUGUCGCGUCUCCAGACACGUGUGGCUUUGUCUGGCUCACGGUGAGGACGAUGGGCAGCCUUGCCGGUUUGCCUCCUCUCGGUCUCACUUGCAGCACACCGUUGACCUCCCUGGGGUCGGCGAGGAGAGCCGUCACUUGCAGCUCGGUGGUACCGCCGGACGGCAGGCGUGUGCGGGUGGGUGCGACACUCAUGGCAUCGGGCACAUCCUCGACGAACACGAUGGCGUUAGUGGAGCCUGGGUUGGAUAUCACGGCAGACUGCUCGAUGCGCUGGCCGACGGCCACACUGCCCAAGUCCAUCCUCUUCGUCACGAAGUGAACCGUGCCCUCGGGAGUCACGCCCGUGCAAUGGAGCCUGACCAUACGCGCAACACUGUGUCUCCAUCCAACAUGUAAGUGAGAACGUUCCAUCUUCUCACUUGACGUCCUCCCCAUCCUCGAUUUUGAGUGUGAGGAAGGCCUCAACGGUGUCUCCGUGCGGUGGUGGGGUGAAUGUCACACUGCACGACUGCCCGCCUCCUGCCUUGACCUGCCCCUCUGACGGCACCACCCGGAACUGGCCACCCAGGGCAUUGGUGGUGUCAUCUGGCUCGAGCCACCUGAAGCGGGCGGUGGCGUUGCCGUGGUUUGCCAGGAUGAUAGUCUCUGUCAGAGUGGCCUCCAGACUGUCCUCGGCGAAUCUGAAGUUCAGCUCCUCUCGCGAGAGCUUGAGACGGACAGGGAUGACCUGCCCACUCACGGAGAACUUCACCGGAUACCUGACAUACACAACACAGAACGAAACGGGGAGACACACCCAUGAUGUACGAGGGUGUCUAAUGGCUUGCCGUGGGUCUCACUUGCCGUUGAUGGUGGCGACGCACUGCCGGUGCACGGGACCAGGCUGAUCUGAGCAUAUGACGAUGUCAAAACCAGCCGCCUGCGCGCUGGGGACUACCUAUUGACACACAUAUAUGCAAUCGGUGUUCACCCAGCACGGCACAACGAGUGACGACUCACCUGCGAGAGCGGAGUGGAUCGUUUCAGCUCUGUCCCGCCAUUCUUUGUGUUGGUGUCGGUGCCGUUGGUGACAGUGAUGGCCACCAGCACGGACGACGGCAGGUCGUUGAACACCGACAGACACUUGGUCGAAUGGGACUUGACGUAGAUCUCACCGAAGUCAAGAUUCUAACACCCCAGUCAGUCAAGACACACACAUCGACGGAGGCAUGUGAUGUGCGUGGGCUGGGUUGUUUCCUCCCAAUCCAAUAGCUCACGCACCUUUGGGCCGAUGGAGAUAAGUUGCAGCUGCCACGCCUCCAACUCAGCAGCGCAGUCCCGAACCUCUGCUUGCGUGCUCGGGUGAGCCUGACAGACAGAUAGACAAGACACCCCAACACGCACAUCUACAUGUAGCUUAGCUUGUUCUUAUAUAUGUCGCUGGUCUACCUUGAACUUCUUCUUGAAGAGCUUGUUCUCGUUGUGGACGUAUCUCUUGCCCGUCACCCCCCUGGCCUCCAGCCCCUCGUCCAUUGGCCGCUUCAGCCACAGGGGCUCGCGGGGCACUUCACUCGCCUUAGGCACAGGAGCCUUCAGGCCACUGCCAGGCGUCAGGCCCAGAUCCGCUACCUCUGAUAGUUUCAGGACAUCAUUCUCGGCCUGCUCGAGCUGCUUCUUGAUAGUGGCUGCCUCGCGCUGCUGCCGGCGAUAUGCCUGGCCCCCGUGGCGCAUGGCCUACAUCCACGCAGACAGACAUAGACAGGUGCAUCCGACCGAUUUCAAGAAAUCGUUUAUCUGCCUCACCCGAGUGUAUUUCUGUCUAUUGACGAUUUUGUCCCUGAGUUGUUGUGUGCCGAGGGCGAACGGGUUGGCGUCAACAGUGAUGGUGCUCUGGCUCAUCUGCAUGGUCUGCAGCAGCGAGUCCAAAGCCUUGUUGUCCUCCUCAGCCCAAUGCUCCUUCUUCAUCAGUCGAGUCAUCGUCGGCGGACCGCCCUUCUGCCUCUUCAUCUGCACAGCGUCCUCCUCUCUCACGUACUGGUACUGUGGCGCCAGGUCGUCGGCUGUCUUGUCCAGCCCGCCCUUGGUGGUGGUCUUGGGCAGCAGCUUUGGUUUGGCGGCGAACAAUGGGGAGGGCAGCCCCUCGGCCUCCACCUCUAGAUGCAUCGAGUAGAGCGUGUCUGCAUAGCGAAUCGUGAGCGGCUUGACAUGGGGGCCGGUGUGGUUGGGCAGGAAGGUCACAACCAGAGGGAGCGACUCCAGGGGACCGAGCGUGCCCUACUCAGUCAGUCAAGAUGGAAGAUUAUGAAGUGUUUCUGUCUGUCUGUUGUCGUGUCUCUCCCUGUGCUGUGUGACGUGCUUACGUGUGUGACGGAAGAGAAGAUGGAUGUGACUUUGUCGAUUUUGAAUGUGAGCGGCAGGUGUGCGUGACGAUUGGUGAGGGUCAUGCCCCGGUCCCUCCUCUCCCCCACAGGGCAUCCCCCGAACACCAGCCUGUCAGCCGGGCCCACACCCAGCCCCGGCACGCUCGCCACGGCCCGCACAUUGAGGCUGGUCGUCUGCAUCAGCUCCUCGCACUCGACGAUGCAUUUGACGUCGAUCGGCUUCUGCAUGGCCUCAAUAGCCUCCAUCUGCUGGCCGGUGAAGAAGCCCUUCUGCGGCACAUACGGGGGUGUCGUGAGAGUCACUGAUAUCUGCAGCUCGCCAUACGCAGGGACGGUCCCGGAGCAGGGCGAGAUGGACACGAGGGAGGUAGAGGGGGACGACGAGACGGCCGAACGAAUGAGGGCGUCGAGGGGGUCCUCGUUGUCGAGUGGAGUGGGGGAGGGGUUCAGAUCGUCUUGGCUUAUUGACGGUUGGGGCUGGGCACGGAAAUGGGCUGGGAAGGGGCCGUCGUUCAGCAGGGAGAUAGUCUUCUUUCGCGACUGGCCGAAGUACAGCCGGCCCAUAUCGACGGCGUCGGUCUCCUCUGUGCCAACCAGACAGUGCAGCCGCUCCGUCACCGACACACCACGCAGCUCGAUGGCCGGCGGACGGCCAUCCAGUGCAGACACACCGGUCAGCCUGACCUUCACACGCUCCUCGAACGCCCCGCCUGUUGCCCUCCUCUGCUCAUCUUUCUGAGCCAUGAUCUCCACUCGCACUUUCAGGCUCUUGCGUGCCUCAAUGGUGGCGCUGGGCGGGGCGAAGGCCACCUGCAGGCCGGGUGUCUUGAGGUCGUCGCACGAGAGGCUGAAUGUGCCGCCGAUGCUGCCAGCGUUGUGCAGGAGCACCUCCUUGGUCGAGUGGCAGCCGACGAGUAUCUUGCCGAAGUCGAGGCGAGUGGGGUAGGAGAUGACAGCGCAUGGCGACCUGGCGCAGAGGGGCACGUCCACCCUCCCAAACUCGGUGACGACCACAAGCACGUCGUCAAUGUCCUCCUCGCCCAGCCUGUGACCUUCAGCUCCUUCCGCAUCUUUCCUCCUUGCCUGUCCCUUCGUGCCACCCGCCCCUCCCGCUCUGUCAGUCAAGGCCCCGGAGAACAAGUACUCCACUUCGACUUGCAAUGGCAGCCCGGGCGCCACAGCGUCGGCCGGCUUGACAUGCGGCGCGAGGCGGAAGACGGAGGACUUGGGCGGGAGGAACCGCACGCGGACAGCUUUGCAGGUGAGGUUGCGGAUGACGAAGGCCUGGAUGUAUCGCGUGUGGCGCUGCACGUCCAGGAACUGCAGCUGCGGCGGCUCCAAUGACAGGUAGUGGCUGAGCUGGGGCAUUGAUGAGGGAGCCGCCUGGGGUGCAUCUGAGGUGGACUUACGGGCUGUGAGGGAGAGGACGGCGGGAGGGCCGGCGGGCGACGGGAUGGCGGGAGGCAUGUUGGUUGGAAGACAGAUAGACGCUAAGCAAGGGCUGCGUUUGAUGCUCAGUGACGGCUGUGUUCGUAGU